GAGGAGAAGAACCGGCAGCUCCAGGAGCGCCUGGAUGACGCCAAGCAGAAGCUGCAGCAGACCCUGCAGAGGGCCGAGACGCUGCCGGAGAUCGAGGCCCAGCUCGCCCCAGAGAGUGGCGGCACUCAACAAGGCGGAGGAGCGACACGGGAACUUUGAGGAGCGACUGCGGCAGAUGGAGGCGCAACUGGAGGAGAAGAACCAGGAGCUGCAGAGGGCGAGGCAGAGGGAGAGGAUGAACGACGAGCACAACAAGCGUCUCUCCGACACGGUGGACAAGCUCCUGUCGGAGUCCAACGAGCGGCUGCAGCUGCACCUGAAGGAGAGGAUGGCGGCGCUGGAGGAGAAGAACGCGCUGUCCGAGGAACUGUCCAACAUGAAGAAACUGCAGGACGAUCUGCUGGCGAACAAGGACCAGCUGAUCGCAGAGCUGGAGCGCCUUCAGCUGGAGUUGGAUCAGCUGAGAGCGAGGCCCGGUGGCUCUUAUUCCAGUCGCUCGCUGCCGGGGAGCGCUCUGGAGCUGAGGUAUUCCCACCACGGGAAUGGCUCCCUGCCAACUGGCUCGACCGCUCACCUGGAUGCCUUCGGUGGCGCGUCCGCCGGGGGGGGCGUGGUCAGGCGGAGUCACCGGGCGCGUUGGAGCUCCGCCAGAGAGGACUCCACCAAGAACCACAGUACUACUCUCUGUGUGCAGUACCCGGACUGGGAGAGCGGGGCUCUGCUGGGGACCGGGUUCGACCCCGGCCUGGACGUGGGCUGCUCCGACGACGAUGACGACGGCGGCGGCGGCCCUCGGUUCGGCUCCGAGCUGCUCUCCCCCAGCGGGCAGACGGACGUGCAGACCCUGGCCAUCAUGCUGCAGGACCAGCUGGAGGCCAUCAAUAAGGAGAUCAAACUCAUCCAGGAGGAGAAGGAGAACACGGAGCUCCGCGCCGAAGAGAUCGAGAGCCGGGUCAGCGUGGCGUUGGACCCUCCGUCCUCCCUGGGGAGGGACAUCACAGGACGGGGCUUCAUCCCCUCGUCCAUCACGUCCUCCACCCUGGCCUCCCCCUCGCCCCCCAGCUCCGGACGCUCCACCCCUCGCCUGUCUCACUCCCCGGCCCGCGAGACGGACAGACAGAACAGCAAAGACGAGGACCGCUCCCUGGCUCUUCUGGACCACGCCACGCCUCCCCCCACGCCUCGCGCUCUGCGGCUGGACAGGAUGACCCUCACCCACCCGGGCGCCAUGCUCGACGACCCCCGGGAGUUUCGCAGCCUCUCGGCAGACGGCAGCAGCUCCAACAGCAGCCAGGAUUCCCUCCACAAGUCCAGUAAGAAGAAAAGCAUCAAGUCGUCCAUCGGGCGACUCUUCGGGAAGAAGGAGAAAGGACGGAUGGGCCAGCCGGGCCGGGAGGGAUCCGCUUCUCUCGCGUCCACGCCGUCCGAGGAAAUGGCCUCCGGGGACCCGAUGGGCCUGAACAAGACCGGGACUCUGGGUCCGGCAGAUAAAGACCGGCGCAGCAAGAAGAAGCAUGAGCUGCUGGAGGAAGCGUGCCGCCAAGGCCUCCCCUUCGCAUCCUGGGACGGACCCACGGUCGUGUCCUGGUUGGAGCUGUGGGUGGGAAUGCCGGCCUGGUACGUCGCCGCCUGCCGCGCCAACGUGAAGAGCGGCGCCAUCAUGGCCAACCUGUCGGACACGGAGAUCCAGCGGGAGAUCGGCAUCAGCAACCCGCUGCACCGCCUCAAGCUGCGGCUCGCCAUCCAGGAGAUGGUGUCCCUCACCAGCCCCUCGGCGCCGGCCAGCACCCGCUCCUCGACCAGCAACGUGUGGAUGACCCACGCCGAGAUGGAGUCCCUGAACGCAGCCACCAAGCCUCCGGAGCUCAAGGAGUUCAGCUGGGAUCAGAUACUGGCCUACGGCGACAUGAAUCACGAGUGGGUGGGCAACGACUGGCUGCCCAGUCUGGGUCUGCCGCAGUACCGCAGCUACUUCAUGGAGUCCCUGGUGGACGCACGCAUGCUGGACCACCUGACCAAGAAGGAGCUGAGGGGACAGCUCAAGAUGGUGGACAGCUUCCACAGGGUCAGUCUGCAUUACGGCAUCAUGUGCCUGAAGCGGCUCAACUACGAUCGGAAGGAGCUGGAGAGGAAGAGAGAGGAGAGCGUCCACCACAGCAAAGACGUGAUGGUGUGGUCCAACGAGCGCGUGAUGUGCUGGGUGCAGACCAUCGGCCUAAAGGAGUACGGGGACAACCUGCGUGAGAGCGGCGUGCACGGCGCCCUGCUGGCGUUGGACGACACCUUCGACUACACCGACCUGGCGCUGCUGCUGCAGAUCCCCAACCAGCACACGCAGGCCCGGCAGCUCCUGGAGCAGGAGUACAACUCCCUCAUCUCCACGGGGACCGAGAGACGACCCGACGAGCAGGACGGAGCGAAGACGUUCACCCGCUCGCCCUCCUGGAGGAAGAUGUUCCGGGAGAAAGACCUCCGGGGCGUGACCUCCGACUCCGCCGAGACCCUGCCCGCCAACUUCCGUGCCUCAGCCAUCUCCACGCCCUCCGUUACCCUGAGAAAGGUGCAGAGCGACGCCAGCUCCGGCGCUCGGGGGGAAUCCGCCUCAGUGAGGACGUACUCCUGCUGAGUCGAGGGCGCUGACUGGAUUUGGGACUAGAGGACCUGCUCGCUCAUCCACGAGGGAGAGGAAGGGAGGGGGAGGGGGGUAGGGGGGGGGGGGCAAUUAAUAAAACCAUCUCACUUUUUAAAUGAAUCCAUCAGUGGGACCAUCCUGCAAUAACAGAAGCUAAAGGAGCGGAGAUGGACGUGAAGGUUGAGCAGGAGUCUCUGUGUCCCUCUUCCUGUCCUUCUGUCUUUGCUCGUCCUCCGUGUCUCUCUCUUGCUCGGCGCCGACUGUUGGGCUAAUGAAGACAAACCUGGUGUUGGUCCGGUCCCCCCCCCCCCCCUCCCCCCCCCCUUCAUUCCUGUCGGUGUCUGCACACAAUCAGCAGAGUUGGCAAAAUCAGGGCUCAUUUUCCUCCUUUGAGAGGAAACCACUCGCUGCCAUUUCUUCUCUUUACAGUCCAACGUGUCGCCUUAGAACUUCUGCUCGGACACGGGUGGUUUUCAUGGGGGGGGGGGGGGCACUGUGCACGUGGGGGCAGGAAGUCCACAAAGUGUGCUGGUACCACUUCUUGAAAAGGCGCGCUUAGUUUAUGCAACGAACGAAGCGGGCUGAGUCAAAAACUGAGAGGUGAGUUUGACUCUUGGACUUAAAGGGGACGUCUCCCCCUCGGAUGCUUUGAUCUUUCUAACAUUUUUUUAGUUUUAUCUGAGCUGACCCCCUCAGUAAAAAAGCUGCUGAUAAAGAAAUGAUUAGGGAGGGAGAAAAAAAAGAGCUCACAGACUUGUGGAAAAACUUUAAAUGAACCUCUUACUCCAAAUGAAAUGAUCCUUUAUUAACUGCAGACUUCAGUUACUGAGGAGCUGCUGUAGAGGUUUGACCUCAUGACAUUAGACCUCAUGAGGGGUUUCUGACAUUAAAAUCCUUUAAAUUUAAAUGGGCCGAUUAGGGGGGGCGCUCUCGUAUACGUCCUGAUGUCUUAUCCCAAAGUGGCACCAGCUCCUCCUCCUCCAUCAGGGCCUGGUGUCGCCGUGACGACAGGAGGGUCAAACAGCCGGUCAUCUUACUGCACACACAAGCCAUAGAAACCAAGAGCUCUCUGCGCGGGGGGGGGGACAAAACCUUUAGCCUCCGUGUUUACGAUGCAUGUCAAACAAACGACCUGAAUACAUUCUUUUUGGUGGUGAAGAUGAUAUAAGGUGUCUUUAAUAUAUAUAUACAUAUAUAUAUCUGUAUGAUAAACCCACUGGGGUUGGGUGCCUGGGGAUCAAUUUGUAAAAUGUGUGUAUUUUUUUUCAGUUGUAUUUCUUAUUUUUUACGAUAUCUAUUUAUUUUUCUUUACGUACGUGUUGGAUAAACGUGUGUGCACGUGUUCCGUUGGCUUCAUUUUGAACUGGUUUUAAAAAGUAAAUAUUGAAAAUGCUCAUUUAAAUACGCUACUGUGUGUGUACAUUUUUGAGAACAAACAAUUGUGCAACGAUUUAACAGAUUUCCAUGAACAAAGUGAUAGUGAUACAACUUGAAAAUAUAGUCUGGAAAAUAAACAACGAUGAUGAUGAAGAUGAUGAUGUAAAAGACUAAAUAAAGCGAUCCUGGUGGAUCUGCUGAUCAUCGCAAACUUUC